AUACCAUCAAGAGGUCUAUACAUUCGAUGGCUUUACAGAGUGUGUGUGGCUGGGAUCUGACUCCCUCAAGACGAACUAAGCAGCCUGACCUCUUACCUCCUCCUACUUUAAGAUUCUCUGAUUCUCCUCAUCUGUUUUUGCCACCACAUGGCUUGGCAUCUUAUCAUCGCAACCAGUCAGGUCCUCCACCACCGGAACAUGGCACCACUACUCUGGCCUUCAUCUAUGCAGAGGGGGUAAUGGUUGCAACUGACACACGCUCCUCUGCAGGGCAUCUUGUUGCUAGUCCAGACAGCCGAAAAGCUACCCCUAUCCACAGCCAUCUCCUUGCUUCUACUUCUGGAAGUGCUGCCGACUGCCAGUUCUUUGGACGACUUUUGGCCAGAGAGUGUCGUCUCUAUCAGCUACGAAAUGGAUGCAUGCCUACUGUGAAAGGAGCAGCCAAAAUGCUGAGUAUGAUGAUGCUGCCAUUCCGUGGCACAGAUGUUUGUGCUGCUAUCACUCUGUCUGGCUGGGAUAAAAAUGGGCCCUGUAUUUGUUAUGUAUACAGUGACGGAACAUUUCUCAGCUCUGAUGUCAUCUCUGUGGGAUCAGGGUCCCCUUAUGCUUACAGCAUUAUAGAUGAGGGCUACAGGGCAGGAAUGAAGGAAGAAGAGGCCCGCCAGCUAGCAAGGAGAGCAGUGUGCCAUGCUGGGAGAAGAGAUGCCUAUUCUGGGGGGUUUGUGGAUGUGUAUUUGGUGACAAAGGAGGGAUGCAAGAAAGAUGCAAGGGAGGAUCUAGUAGAACUGUACAACAAACAGAAUUCCUAA